ACACAGCUGUAGUGAUUGUUGUUGUUAUUAAUGUCUCUGUUCUUGUGUUCAGGGGCCUGUUUUCUCACACUGGAUCCAAACACAGCACACACUCAACUCAGUCUGUCUGAGGAGAACAGAAAUGUGACAGGUGUGUUUGAGAAACAGCCGUAUCCUGAUCAUCCAGACAGAUUUGAUGAUGUCCCUCAGGUGUUGUGUAGAGAGAGAGUGUGUGGACGCUGUUACUGGGAGAUUGAGUGGAGUGGAGAUUAUGUGUUUAUAUCAGUGUCAUAUAAGAGCAUCAGCAGGAAGAGAGCGGGUGAUGAGUGUGUGUUUGGAUCUAAUGAUCAGUCCUGGAGUUUGAUCUGCUCUCCCAUCAGAUACUCAUUCUGGCACAAUAACAAACACACUGAUCUCCCUGUGAAGCCCAUCAUCAUCAGGAGAAUAGGAGUGUUUGUGGAUCAGAGUGCAGGAACUCUGUCCUACUACAGCGUCUCCAGAAACACAAUGAGCCUCAUCCACACAGUCCAGACCACAUUCACUCAGCCGCUCUAUCCUGGGUUUUGGGUUUAUUAUCAAUCAUCAGUGAAACUGUGUUGAUGAAUCAGAGACUGACGAGAGAUUCUAUCCAUAAUGCUCUGAGCAGCAUGAUAAAUCAGUAACAGUGAG